AUGGAAGGUACCAAUUACGAAAUAGUGGAUUCGGUGCCUCCUAAUGACCGUACGUGGUUGGAAUGGAAAAACUUAGUGGAGCGUGAAGGGUGGACAUCUGAUGAUCUUAGCGUCUUAACGCUUACUCCAAAGCAACCAACGACACGAAUAGUACUUGCCCGAAGGAAAACUGAUGGCAGUUUCAUUGGUUCCGUUGUCUGGAAUGAGUACGACAAUAUCGCAUAUAUCGGAUUUUACUUAAUGCAUCCUGAAUACCGUGGAAAAGGCGUUGGUUCAAUUAUUUGGAAACGAGCAUUGGAAAGGAUGCCGAAAAAUUACACCAUUGUAUUGAGAGCAGUUCCCUACAUGAUUUCUCGCUAUAAAUCAAGGGACACGCCUUUUGAAGGUCCAUGUCUGCAUGCUUACGAAAUGGAUGGACAAACACUUCUAAGGAUCGCAGAUAUGUAUACAACCACAAAUUUUGCCGUCAAAAUGGUCAACGAAUUGACAAAAGAAGAGUACCAUCAAAUGGAACAAUUCGACCUGUCCAUAGUGAAGCGUGAUCGCAGUGAGUUUCUGCGUCGCUUUCACGAUCUACCGUUCACAUUUGGCACCGUGUUAUUCAACAGCGACAAGGAGAUCGUUGCCUGUGCAGCCGUUUCCCCAACUUUACAUUCCGAAAAACACCUGUUCAAAUUAGCACCUCUUUAUGCUUCUUCUCUUCAAGAAGCCUUCAUGGUAAUUAAGCCACUUAUUGGUGAAGUAAAAAACGUCGAUGAUAAAGGUCGUUUUGUAUUACAAACGCUUAGUGGAACUAUUGGCUCUACGUUGUUUUCUCCCCUGUUCACCUCAAUGGAUGAUGUUUCGUCGAGACAAUGUGGUGUCAGCCUGUUUAGCAGAACUUUUGAAAACCCGAUUGAUAUCCAGCGGCUGUUCAUCCCACAUAAUAAUUCGUGCCAUUUCGAUGCUUGA